AUUUGGUCUUACUCCGAAGAUGGCGUCGUCCUCCACAGUUGAGGGCAUGUCCAUCACUAAGGGAGAAAAUGUUCUAGUAAAGGUGGAAGAGUUCACCGGAGAAUUAAUUUCUGUCAAGCUUAUAAGUGGGGAUAAAAUCUUCCGCGGAAUAUUACUACAAGAAACUAUUGGGAAGUUCAAUGAAAUUGGGACAAAUUUAGAAAGAAUAACCAGUGCAUCAUUUUGGCCUCCUUUAAGUGGAACAUCAUCAGGGAUAAACCUUAAAACUAUUCCUUGUUCAACAGAACGUUAUUCUUACAAAUUGGAAGGUCAGCCUUCAAGUUUAAAUGUCUUCCAACCUGAUCCAACGAAACGAAGCCAUCGCAACCAACCAGCUCCACAAUUGUCUCGGAUAUUACGACCUCGGCGAUUUAUUUGUCGCAAAUGUAAGAAAGCGUUCCAUUUAGAAGAACAUGGUACGGAACUUUCCUCUUCCUUCCUCGCCGAUCAGAUGGAUCAUCGCACUUACGAUUCAUCUACUCUGAAUUCAGACAGCGAAAUCAAUCAUUGUCUUUCAAAAAACGACCUUUCUGACCGAAUAACACUAGUGGCACUCAAUGGGAAUUCUCAGUCUAUUCGUCACGUUACUCCACCUAUCAUUCCUAAACUCAAUGAGGAAAUGAAAAUAAACAUAGAUCAUGCAACAAAAUCAGAUAUUGAUUCCAGCUCUGAUAUCCGAUCAAAAUCUAAAAAGCAUUUUAUUUCCGACCACUCAACCAAAACUCUAGAAUCGUUAGAACCGAAGUUAGUCAUGCCAAAGAAACGGAAGGUUGAUGUUAAUUCCGAAAAGCAAAAACUAAAAAAGAUUAAACUAAGUUCUCAGAAACCCACUGAACAGACUAAUGCCAGUAAUACAGUGCUGGAAACAACACCACCUGUGGUUAAUCCAGAUUCAUCGUCUGACUCUACAGUACCUAUCUCCUCGGAGGAAAACAAAGACUUUCCUACUUCUCCAAGCCUAACCUGUAAGACGGAUUCUACUGAUUUUCUUUCGUCUCAGGAUCAAAUUCGCAAAAACCGAAUUAAAGCUCAAUAUGUAUCUGUCACCUCUCCGUUUCGCUAUCCAUUCGGGAAGAAAGCUAAAACCCCUUCUAAACAAGCGGUUGGAAAUGUGAACUCCAAUAUUGAUAGCAGACUAAAAAUCGAAUCGAAUGCCGCUCACAGACAUCUUGAAAAAUCAGAAAUAAGUACAAUAACAUCUACAAAAAUAAGUCCUAUUGUACGAAAAAAUUCUCGAUACCGUACUCGUACUCAGCUAAACUUACUUUCUGUAACUUCAGACUCACUGUGUCCUUCUAAUCCUGUAAAUGCUGAAAAAGAUUGUUCGGAGAUGAAUGAAACUCUAACUAGUGACUCUCCUGAUGGAGUUUUUCCACAAAAUGAAAAUAUCCCGAACAGUAUAAGCCCACGUUUGUCGAGCCCAUCUAAGGAAAAGCAUUCCGCUUCCGCACAGCUGACUUGCAAAAUAUCUACGUCUGGACACAAUUCUGCUUCACACAGUUCUGGGGUUCCUACGGGUGAGAGUAAUUUUUCUCCACAAGGUCGACGUAAAGCUAUUGAUUACGAAAAGCCAAAAAACAGAUGGAUGCGUGAGGCUCGAGCCAGAAGGAGUCAAGAAGAACGAAACUGUAAUCCUAGUUCCACUGUAACAAAUCAUAUUUCAACUUCAUCCAGUAAUAUAGAUACGGAUAACUCUACCUCAUCUAGUACACAAUUUUCUAAUUUAAACCGGCUGCGAAUUCGGUCAGGCGAUGGACUUAAUGUUAGUCCUAACGAAAAUACUUCGAAAAGCAAUAACAGUGUAUCUUCUAAGGUAAAAUUACAUAAUGGAUCGUUAAGCUCUCGUAACAGUGAGCCAGGUGACCCUUCACAAUCUGAAAAAUAUUCGGAAAUUACUGACCAAAAGUCGGUAUCUAAAUCUCAUGUGUCUCCAUGCUUAACCCCGACGAGUGAUAGUUCUGGUCUUGCUCUUCCUGUAAUAAAAAUUAAAAUUAAUCGUAAUAGACAACCUUCUGGGUUUUCUAAAACUGUGCCAACACAAUAUGAAGUAGUAAAGUUCCAAACUGUUUCACAUUCGGAAUUGUCUCCCGCUUCUAAAGUUUUGAAUGAAGAAAAUAGCUCAACAGCAAAUCCGUCUGCUCCUGCUUUAAAGUUGGACAUCCCUUGCAAUGGUUUACGUUCACCAUCACCGACACCAUCAAUUGGUUCUUCAAAUAAGGGAUCUACCUACGAUAGUUUAAUGGUAUCAGGUCCCUUAGUGAAACGCUGUAAAUUACAUGACGGUAUUGUUUUUCGUGUUGGCGACCUAGUUUGGAGCAAACUGUCAGGAUGGCCCUACUGGCCUGCACAAAUUACUAGCAUACAACGCGUAGCUGCUAGUGAAAAUGAUCUAUCAAAUGCUGAGCAAGCACGCACCAUUGCGGAUUCCCAAGAAAAGUCAUCUCCACUUUCAACAUCAGAUCAAGUUUGUUAUACUGCCUGCCUUCAUUGGUUUGCUUGGCAUCAGGUGUCGUACAUGCCGUGUGAUAAAUUGUUUCAUUUCCUAGAACAUUGUAAACGAUUUGAUAACAAAAAGAAACGUGGAGUUUUCCGCCAGGCAGUCAAUGAAGCAAAACAAGCGGCGGAGAAAAGACAAGAAACUCACUCUACUGAUAGUGAAAGUGAUUGGGACCACGAAAUCGUAAGUGAUACAAUACACCAGCAAUCUUUAUCUCAACAAUCGUCUGAAAUUCCUGUUGCUGAUGAUUCCAAAGAGUUACAUGUUUCACAAACUGCAUCAUCACUACCCAUUCUUGAUGUAGAAGUGAACGCAACUACAAAACAAAGUAAACACCCUAAUAGAAAAAUAAGAAAAGGUAAAACUAAAGCAUCUCGUGUGGAACAAGGAAAUUCAAUGUUAUGUGCAGUUGUUGAUCGUUCGAGUGCAUCCUUAGGUCAAACUGCCUCUGAUAACAUGGGAGGUGAAGUCACCACAUCGUUAGAAUUAAAAUCCCAUUUAAUAUCUGAGCGUAGAUCAAAGCAACAUGUUAAACGUAAGGCUCGUCCUAAUAUUUCGGAAGAUAAAAAAGGAUUAGCAGAAGAAUACGAUUCUUCUCAAACGAAUUCUAAGUCUAAUGUUCGUUUGAAAAUCAUUCUUUCGAAGCCGAAAUCAAAAAAUAAGCCUAAGUGCGCUGAGAUUUUAGGCAAUAUUGCACAAAGUCCUUAUGAAAAUGAAGUUAAUAUUUCUUCAUCGUCAAAUCUAGAUGUCUCAAUUACCGAAAACAAAAUACAUCAAAUUCUUGAAAGCUCAUUGAAACAAGAUGCCGUAAGUUCAUGUACAUCCGAAGUUAUUCCAGAGUCAAAUAUAUCAACUAUUGAUUCACAGGACUUUGAUAAAACAUUUAGUGCUACACAUUCAGAACUCUUAACUCAAUUCCCACAUGUAUUUCCGGAUCUUAAAGUUUCAGGAAUUUUAUCUGAUACAGUUGAUAUACCUACAUUUUCUGAGGAUGAAUCUGAAGAAGAAGAUGCUGGUCGUCUGAUCAUUGAUCCUGAUGUAAUGGCUUCAGUUAAUGUCCCUCUAUCAACUGGUAAUCAUCAUUACAUUACUGAAACUUUAAAACAGGAUCCGGAUAUACUUCGAGAAGAUUUGUACAGUCUUUCUUCUGACAACAUACCUUACAAUCAUGAACUGCCAUCACAGUCAUUUGAUAAUAAACAUAUGUAUUCUCGAACUUCUUCAGCUACCCUUCCAUCUAUGUCUGGUUUUGGUAAUCCAGUUUACGCAUUGUCUGACUCACUUUCUCAUCAUCCCUAUAAUUCCUCAACAUAUUCAACGGGAUGUUUAGUAUCUCAACCAGUCUCAGUUUAUCCAACACACAACCAGUUAUUGAUGCAAACUGCCGUAUCAAGAUUACCGGCUCCACCUCCUUUGACGUCAUCAACUGUAUCAAACUUAUCAAUACCUAAUAGAACUGCUUAUUUUCAAUCUAAUCAUAUUAAGGUUCCGUCAACUACAACGCAUAAUGUGCCUUAUAUUACUACUGAAUACUCAACAUUAUAAUUCAUGCAUCUUACAGGCUGGUAUAUCUUGAAGAGAAUGAAGUCCACGAUUUGCUUUCAGCUGUUCCUUGAAAUGAUUCGGUACAAAUCAUGGUAAAAAUGAGAUAAUUUUCGUUCGCUGAUCCUACAUAGAUUUAUGUGCUUAACUAGUGUCGCCAAACCUUAUUUACUCCUGAUUGUAAAUCUUUCAACUUCUUAUUUCAUACAAAUCAUUCAUUUGCUUUGUUAAACCUAUGAAUUUAAUUAGUUCCUCCCUGUGAUGUAAUGAUCUUGGAGUUUAACAUUUGUCUGCCAUAAUUUUUCCUUAAACUAAUAUUUCUUUGGUAUGACUAAUGAAAAUCAUUAUUGGAUUUCCAUUCAGGCAACCUUUGAUAAAAGUAUCUGUGAAAUAAUGAUAUUAUACCUCUUGUUUAUUCUAUUGUAUAUUUUUUAAAAAGAUAUUUAACUCUGCAUCGCCCCUUCGUUCUUUCUCUCUUGCUUGUGAUUUGUUAUUUCUGAACACUAUUUGUACAUAUAUAUAUAUUCAAUAGUUAACAUUGCUUUAAAUCGUCCUCUGUUAUCGUUUUUUUCUAAAAUAAGCUUCUGGGCGUGUAUAUGUGCAUAAUCAGCUAAGAUUCAUGCGUUUAUUUAAAAUACUGUCUUCCUUUUUUUUCUUGACUUUUUGUCUAAUUUCAAAUAAUUUACACAUUGAGUUAUAGUGGUUGACACUGCUAUUGUUGUAUUUAUAUUUGUCUUAUUUUCUCUUUCACAACCACUCCCUCCCUCUAUUGGGGAAUAAGUGUAUGAUGAUAAUGAUUUACUGAAUUUCUACACAAUUAUUUAUUUGAUAUGAAAUAAAUCUAAUUUGACUAGUAGUGAGUUCCUGCACGCACGUUGUCCAGUUAGCUACUGAGUUCAUAUAGCUACUCACCUGUG